UAUGACCGCACAUGCGCACCACUGUCAUAAUCUGUCUGAAGGAAUUUCGGAAACAGUUUGGAUCAGCGCGAACAAUAAACACUUUCUAAAGACUUAAACCGAUCGAUUCCAGUCUUAUCCGUCUCCUGUCCUGGAAUCAACCUCAACCCCAGAGCGUAGAGCUUAAGGCCACAGGAGGGGCGGCAAACUUGGACACCAGCAAGAUGGCAGACAUGACAGUGGAGGACAUCACAUUGAAAGCCAACCAAGUUACAGAUGAGUCACUUGAAAGCACUAGGCGGAUGCUACAGAUGGCAGAGGAGAGCCGGGAGACGGGUGUCAAAACAAUGACCAUGCUGGAUGAGCAGGGAGAGCAACUGAGGCGAGUCGAUCAAGGAAUGGACCAGAUCAAUCAGGACAUGAGGCAGGCCGAGAAGAACCUGACUGAUCUGUCCAAAUGCUGUGGCUUGUGUGUGUGCCCAUGUGACAGAGUGACGUCUAUUGAGCAUGAUGGGAGAUAUAAGAAGACUUGGGGCACAGGUAGUGACAACUCCAGCACGGAGGGAAAAGAGGGCGGCGUUGUAUCCAGCCAACCCAAUGCUGUUCGCAAUGGACAGGCUGUUUCGAGUGGGUCAGGGGGCGCAUCUGGCCCCUACAUUAAGAGAGUAACAGAUGAUGCACGAGAAGAUGAGAUGGAGGAGAAUCUGGGUCAGGUGGGCAGCAUCAUCGGGAAUCUCAAGAAUUUGGCCUUGGAUAUGGGCAAUGAGAUUGACAAACAGAACAAAACCAUUGACCGCAUCACUGAUAAGGCUGAUAUGAAUAAAGCUCGCAUUGAUGAAGCCAACCAACGAGCCAACAAACUUCUGUAGAGAAUGGACACUGCUAGCAUCACUCAGGAACCUGAUUGUUUGAUCUCUCUCACACACACACACACACACACUUUCUGCUUCACAGCAAUGAAUUGCAGCAAGUGAGUUAAGUUCUUCCAGUGCCAUCUGUGCCUUUUUUGCCGUUCUGUUUGUACUAUUGUAAAUAGCUGGACACAUGCACACACAGAUCUAUUCCAGAGCCUCCUGUACAAUCAAGUCUUCACCCUUAAUAUGUGAGACAAAUAUGCUGGACGCACCGAGUGCAGUUGUUUUUGAGGCUUUGCUCACUGCUGCCCUCUCAGUCUGUAAUGGAAGGAUUCUAAUCUCUCGAGAUGGUGAUGGGUUUUGUCCGUCCCUCUCCCUGCACUUCAGUCAACAUGGCUAAUUGUUUACUAAUCUGAAUGAAGGGCCAAAGACUUACGACAGAACUUUUAAUGUUCUGGUUUGCUGCCCUUAUAGCCGUUGAUGUAUGUUUGGGCUAAUGAUAUAAUAUUUUGUUUUUAUGUCAUUUUUUCUGUUUAGCUGUAUCUUUGACUGAUUAUACUCAUAUUUAAUUAUCUUAAGACAUUAAUGGGCCUUGUGAAUGCAGUUAGUCCUGUUCAAUGUUUGAGGGGAAAUGUAUGGUAGUGUCCUUUUUAAUGGCAUAAUUUACCAUGCUAUAUAGGAAUAGGACAUUUCAAUGUAUCUAUUUUACUGCUAAUAAAGCCAAGUGUA